GAGAUAUCACUAAAAUCUGGGCGUGCCCGUGAAUGAAUGAAGAAGACUAAUUUGGGUUCACUCUCCUACUUCUCUACAAAUCCCAACGUCGCCACCUUCUUCAAUAGAUACUUAGACAAAUCUGAUGUGUUCUCGUGGAACUCUAUCAUUGCCGACUUGGCUCGGAGCGGUGACGCCGUCGAAGCCCUUCGAGCUUUCUCUUCCAUGCGAAAGCUCUCUCUCAAACCUAACCGUUCUACCUUCCCCUGCGCCGUCAAAUCCUGUUCCUCCCUUUCCGAUCUUACUUCCGGUAAGCAGACCCACCAACAAGCUCUCAUCUUUGGUUAUGACACCGACCUUUUUGUAUCCUCCGCCCUCAUUGAUAUGUACUCCAAAUGUGGCCAACUUGCUGAUGCAAGAAAGCUGUUUGAUCAAAUUCCUCAAAAGAAUGUUGUUUCAUGGACCUCCAUGAUAACUGGCUACGUCCAAAAUGACCUCCCUCAUGAAGCAAUCUUGCUUUUCAAAGAGCUAUUGGCAGCUCAGGCAGGAGAAGUAGUUUUUCUUGACUCAGUUGCCAUGGUUUCCGUGCUCUCCGCUUGUUCUCGUCUUUCACGGAAGACCCUUACCCAAGGGCUCCAUGGCUUUGUCACCAAAAGGGGAUUCAAUGAAGACGUGGGAGUUGGUAAUACAUUCAUUGAUGCCUACGCUAAAUGUGGUGAGGUUGAUUUGUCUCGGAAGAUGUUCGACAUUAUGCCUGACAAGGACAUCAUUUCAUGGAAUUCUAUGAUUGCAGUUUAUGCCCAGCACGGACUUUCAGCUCAGGCAAUGGAAAUUUUUCGUUCCCUGGCAUGGGAUAGAGAGGUUGACUACAAUGCUGUCACCUUGUCAGCUUUGCUGUUGGCUUGUGCUCAUUCAGGAGCUCUUCAGGCUGGCAAGUGCAUACAUGAUCAGGUUAUAAAGAUGAACCUAGAGGAUAACGUAUAUGUGAGUACAUCCAUGAUUGACAUGUACUGCAAAUGUGGGAGAUUAAGGAUGGCAAGGAAUGCCUUCAAUAGAAUGAAGGAAAAGAAUGUGAAAUCAUGGUCUGCCUUGAUUGCAGGUUAUGGAAUGCACGGGAGAGCUAAGGAAGCCCUUCAAGUAUUUUACGAGAUGAACUCAGCUGGGGUAAAACCAAACUACAUUACUUUUGUCUCUGUCCUAGCAGCUUGUAGCCACGCUGGGUUGCUGGAUGAAGGAUGGUAUUGGUUUAAGGUUAUGGAACCUAGAUUUUGCAUACAACCAGGAGUGGAGCAUUAUGCUUGUAUGGUUGAUCUUCUUGGACGUGCUGGUUUCCUUACCAAGGCAUAUAAUUUGCUAAAAGAAAUGAAGGUGACGCCUGACUUUGUCAUUUGGGGUUCUCUUCUAGCUGCAUGCAGGAUGCACAAGAAUGUCGAGCUUGGGGAGAUUUCUGCUAGUAACUUGUUUGAGUUAGACCCAACAAACUCUGGGUAUUAUGUUUUACUCUCAAACAUAUAUGCCGAUGCUGGAAGGUGGGAAGAUGUAGAGAAGAUGAGGAUACUUAUGAAAAAUCGUGGAUUAAGUAAACCUCCUGGGUUCAGCCUGCUUGAACUCAAAGGCAGGGUUCAUGUAUUUCUGGUUGGUGAUAGAGAACACCUGCAACAUGAGAAGGUUUAUGCUUAUUUGGAAGAGUUAUCUGUAAAGCUGCAGAUGGCUGGGUAUGUACCCAACAUGACAUCUGAUCUUCAUGAUGUUGAUGAUGAAGAGAAAGGACUGACAUUGCGAGUUCAUAGUGAGAAGCUUGCUGUUGCUUUUGGGGUCAUGAAUUCUGUCCCUGGUAGUACCAUUCAAGUGAUUAAGAAUCUAAGGAUAUGCGGAGACUGUCAUACAACAAUUAAGCUAAUCUCCAAGAUUGUUAAUAGGGAAAUUGUAGUCAGAGAUGCAAAGAGAUUUCACCAUUUCAAGGAUGGCUCAUGCUCAUGUGGGGACUAUUGGUGAUUGAGCGAAAAUUGUGGUCUUCACCUACUAAUCGACUUACAUGAGUUGUCAUAUGAUGAGCAUGGUGGUGCAUAAUUUGAUAGAGAUUUGCAUGGAAUAUGAUUUUCUUCAAUCUCAAACUAGUCUAUGUUUAUGCUGGUCUUAUAAAGGAUAUUGGUACCAAACAAUAUUCCCCGGUUGUGGUGAUGUGUCAAGCAAGAGCAAAAGAGAGAAAGCGGAUCAGUAAGUAGAAUUUGGAAUUUUUCUUCUCUUCUGUGAUUAAAAAUGGCCUGCCCUUUUAUCCACUGCAGUCUGCAGUGAAUCUUGUUUGUUUGGUUGAGACGAGUAUUGUGUCAUUUGGGCAUUGCAGGGUUGAAUGGUAGCAAUACCUGACAUGAGCAUCAAUUUGGUGAUCGUUUUGAGUAUUUUAGCUCGUUGUUUACCGGCUUGUUAUCUAUCUAUUUUGUAGUGUAUUGUUAGUUUAAAUAUAAUUUGUUUUGAUUGUUACUUAAUUUGAUUGUAUCAUAGGUGAAAUCAUGUUAGUUAAGAACAAAUUGUUGAUUGA